AUGCGUGUUAAGCUUGUAUUUGAUUCCCCUUUGCCUACUCGCCGUUGCUGGUAUGAAAUAUGUCAGCCAGAGUCUGAACAAAAGGAUGAAUUGAUAAAAGACCUUGUCGUGCGUGUACUUCGCGAUUUCGAACUAGAGACGGCUUGUCCAAAUGGAGUAAUUCUUACUUUAGAAGAAUUUGAAUUGUUACCAAAUGGAACUACCCUUGGUUUGAUUCGAGAAAAUGAUGUUGUUUGUGUUAAACCACGAAAAACUGCGAAUUUCGAGUCAAAUAAAGAUAAACAUUUAAAGUACAAUCGAAUUUCAAAUCCAAAACAUCGUAAAAAGGAAAUUGAUUUAAAAUCAAAGAAAAAGACGCGUUCCUCUUCUUCUGAAUCAGAAAGCGAUGAAAAGAAAGGAAAAGAUUCUUGGGCUCAUGAAGCGAAUUCAAAUUCAUCGUUAUCAAAGAGCAGUUCUGACGAAGAGAAUGGGGAUGAGCGAAUUACAAAGGAGGAGGCUGUAAAGACUGGAAAAAAGUUUAAGAAAGGAUAUCUUCAAGAAAUGCUUUCAAUGUCACCCAAACAUUUGAGAUUCAAUGACGAUAAUAAUGGUGAUAUUAAUCAGAUUGACGAAAUCACUGCCACCACCUCAGCCGCCAUUACCGAUGAAAUGAAUAUUUGUGAUGAAGGACAACAGAAUUUAACAUGUCAAGAUAUUGAUGAUCUUCCUUCUAAACGAAUUCUUGAAUUAUCAUCUUCUUUCACACCAGAAUGGAGUGGUUUUAAAGAAGCUACAAUCAUGGAUUACGAUACAGUCAAUAAUAUCGUCACUUUGAAACAUCAACAAAAACAUGCACUCAUCAAAGAAUCAGAAAUUCGUCUUGGUAAAUUUGAUUUGCAGAAUUUGGGGGAUGGAUUUAUCAUUGAAGGAUCAAAUGAUAGAGUUUCAACCUUGGAAUACGGGCAAUAUUGGGCAGAUUAUCCUGAAUUUUUUGCUGAUAUUGCUAAUCAAACUGAAGAAAUUAAUAGAACAAUUGCUGUACUUCGAUGGUAUGUAAGCACACUAUAUGGUUCUUUCAGAUCGAGACAAGAUAAAGAAAAAAUCGAGAAAAAACCAUUCAAUCCAAUUCUAGGUGAGCAAUUUCUAGCCCGUUGGGAAGAUAGAAAUAAUUUUGGAGAGACAGUUUUAUUCUCUGAGCAAGUUAGCCAUCAUCCACCUGUUUCGGCUAUUUAUCUCGAAAAUGUGAAGGCUGGUGUAUCAGCGAACGCAACUGCAGCACGCAUAGAUGUAAUCCAAGUUGGACACAUUAUAGUUCGUAUGCGUGAUCAUAAUGAUAAAUAUCUGAUCACUUUGCCGUCAUUGCAAAUCCUUGGAUUAUGGAGAGGUGCUCCUUAUGUAGAAUUGAGUGGAACAAGUUAUAUUCAAUCCCAAAAUUAUAAUAUAACUAUUGAAUUUACCGGAAAAGGCUGGGUCUCUGGAUCUAAAAAUUCGUUCAAGGCACAAAUAUUUCGUAGUAGUUCACUCAAGACUCCUUUAUUCACAGCUUCAGGUUCUUGGGCAGGCAAAUCAACAAUCGAAAAUCACAAUACAAAGGAAAAAAAACCAUUUUUUGACAUUGAGUCUUAUAAACGAGCAAAUCCCAUUGUGUCUUUGGAGGAAGAGCAAAAUGACCUGGAAAGCAGAAAAUUAUGGAAAUAUGUGGCAAAGGCUAUUAACGAAGGCGAUUUUUCAACUGCAUCAAAAUUAAAAGGUGAAAUUGAACAACGGCAACGUGAUAAAGUAAAACGGGGUGAAGAAACUGUACUCCAGUACUUUGAUUGGAUUGCUCCAGACGAGAGAUAUUUAUCUCUUGAUAAAUUAAUAAAUUACAACAGUAAAGAUGAAAAAUAUAAAGAAACUGGAAGUUGGCAUCUAAUUACAAAAGCAAGAAGAAUAAUGACUGAGCAUACAGAAGAGAAAAAACCUACGCGUAAAAGAAAACCCGCCGUAGCCCCUGAGGAAAAAACAGAAACCGAGGAAACUUCCACCCUUCCUAAACCUAAAGAUUUUCUCGCAAAUGCUAAAGAACUCCAGGUAUUUAUAAAAAAUCUUAAUCAUUCAGAAGAAAAGGAGGCCGAAGAUAAUGAAACAUCCGAGAAAAACGAAACUAAAAAUGGCUCUGAAGCAACCCCUGAUGAGCCUUUAUUUACAUUAAUCGCAAAGCCGCACAAGCAUAGCACCGGCAGUUAUGGCUGGACCGCAACUCAAAACAAGGCUAAAAUUAAGGUUGAAAUGGAUGAGAAAGAAGUAUAG